AUGAUUUCACAACACUUUUUGCUUCAUCACUCUUACUACCAGGAGAAGAAGAAAGUUUUCUACUCCAAUAUCACUGCUCAUGCCUUGUCAUCGUCAUCUUCUUCAUCAAAAUGA